UCUCCUUCGUUCCUUCUGUAGCUAGCAUCAGCAAGCACACCUCCGGCUAUAAGAACGCCCAGAAAAAUGGCCGGCUUCGUGCACCGUCGCUAGUUAGGCUUCCACACUCUCUGACCGAGACCACAGCUUAGCUUAUUGUGAUCCACUUCCAGGCUCUUCACUCAUCUCAUCCUGUCGUCUGCGUGUUCCCGGAUGGAGGUAAGUGAAGCGGAGAAGAUGCGAGAGUGAUCGAGCUGUAGAAUUUGAUUGAUUUGCGGCUGCAUGCUCUAGUGGUCCGCGCGAGCUUUAUUUCCUCCUCUUCGGCGGCGGCUUAACGACGAUGGCUUCGACGCGCGUGCGGUGCGUGCAGGGCAGGGCGAGGCGGCGGCGCGUGCCGGCGUUCGGGGAGUGGAACUACAACUACCACAGCGGCGAGCUGGCCACGCCGCCCGCCGUGCCGGCCGUCGAGUGGUGCGCGGAGGCGGAGCUGGAGGCCAGCAGCGACGUCUGGUUCAAGUACUCGCCGCCGCCGCGGAGGCCGCCGCCGCCCAGCGGCAGGAGGAAGGUCCGGAGGCCGGCGACGGAGGAGAUGGACGGCAGGUCCUACGGCGGCGGCGGCGGCAAGCGGGGGCUUCGGCAUCAUCGAGCGCCGACGACGUCCGCGUCGUCCGACACCGUGGCACCGCCGUCGGUGGCGCACAGGCCGGCCGGCAAGGGUACGGCCGGCGCCGGCGCUGCCAGGGCGCGGGUGGUGCGGCCCGUCGACGCGGACCUGUACCAGAUGCCCCCGCCGGAGUUCCUCCCCGGCGACGACGAGCCAAGAAGAAGGGUGCGGGAGGAGAAGAGGAAGAAGAAGGCGUCGAGGAGGAGCCUGUGGACGGGUUGCUUCGGCUUCAAUUGCGUGCCUGCUGAAUAAAAAAAUAGUUCCUUGCUGUGCUCAUAUAUUUAUUUUUGGAGGCUCACUGUAUCUAGUUUAAGGUUGUUCAGAUUGUGCAAUUAUAGAUUUCUUUAUGUACUUGUACUGGAGAGUACUGUGCAAUGCCAAUGUGGCCCCACUCCUCCGUAAAUUUGUUUUGACCAA